AUUGAAUUUCAAUGGAUGAAUACAUUAUCAAAUAUCGAGCAGAAUAGAAACACCUAAUAUUAUUGAGGCAUUCGAUCGAAUGCAGCGAGUAGAGGACAUCACAUUUAUCGAGUCUAUUAGAAAAUGUCCUGUUUAACAUCAGUUUGCCAUCAGACGCGUACGCGGACAUCAAUCAUCACUCAAUUGUUUAAAAUUGGCGCCAUUUUGUGUGACGUAGUGUCGUUGAUAAAUCAAUCUUAAUGAAGUUAUUAAGAAUCCACGCUGUUCUAGUGCCUGUUGUUACAACCUAAAAUGGAUUUUUAUCACGUGAAUUUGGUGAUUCUGGUACUCAGUUGUCAAAGGAUAUCAGCUUCACCGAAUGAAAACUCAAUAAAUCUAGCUGCAGAGAAAACGAAUGCUGAAGAAAUAAGCUGGAGUGGAAAACAACUCAAUGAUAUUCCUAAAGGAAAUACUACAAUUAAACGACUGGACUUGGCUUACAACAAUAUUCUGCUUCUUAACUCCAAUAUCUUUCAGAACAGAUCAUAUAGAGAUUUAACAAUCUUAGACAUGCACGAAAAUCGAUUGAAUUAUAUCAGCCCUUUGGCCUUCAAAGGAAUGAAGAAACUAGAGAGCAUUGAUUUAUCUUUCAACAAUCUAAAGGAUAUAGAUACAUACACGUUUGAGCAGAGCAGAAAACUGGAAAAAAUAGAUUUUACUUCUAACAGCAUAAAGCUAACGAAAUCGAAGGUUUUUUUGGUUUCUCCUUCUCUAAAAACAUUAGUUCUGGCAAAAAAUGACAUAGACCAACUAUACGAACUAUCAUUUGUCGGGUUGAAGCAUUUAACACAUUUGAUUCUGGACGAAAACAUUCUGAACAAGAUACAUCCAAGCUGUUUCAAACCUCUUAUUGACAUUCAGUUUCUGUCAUUAUCAAAUACCGGUGUGAUGCACUUGGGCGUUUCUAUGUUUACACAGAUACCAAGGGUUAUAAAUAUUGAAGCAACCCCUUUGGCAAACAGAUUCAUCCCUCCAUUGACGAGGAUAAAAAAGGAUCAGGUGACGAAUUUGCUCAGAGCUGAAGACUUCGAAAGGUGAGUAGACAAAACAUUUGAUGAAGAUGAAUUCAACGGAAAUCUCAAGUUUUAUUGAGAAACCUAUGGCUGCCUCCUCAAGAUUAGAGAGAAUAUUUAGGACUAAAUACAUGAUGGAUUGGGAUUGCUAAUCAUCAAUUUUCUUCAAGAAAAUUGGUAAAGGCUGAUGAGAGUGAGAGUUUAUUUUAAGUAUUACUAUGUAAAUAAUCAGAUUAAGUGGUAAUGUAUAAAUGUUUAAUUUGUAAA